AUGCCGUACUGGAACCUCAGUGUCACAGUGCUACGGGGAAAAUUCAAUCGGUCGUAUGACCUUUUGUCUCAAUGUGACUGUUACGUCGUCGUAAAGUUACCCACAGCCUGUGCCUGCAGUCAUCGCACCAAGACUGUGACAAACAGUGAUGCACCAAAAUGGAAUGAAACGUUUAAUUUCAGAGUGCACAGCGGUGUCAAGAACAUUCUGGAAUUCCACAUAUUUGAUGCUGACACGUUAACAAACGAUGACUACUGCUCCAGCAUCCUAUUUGACAUCAAUAACCUCACACCUGGACAAAAGCAAACAAAAUGCUUCAUUACAGAUGAUCAGAAAAAGAGUGAGCUGUGGGUAGAGUUUGAGAUGACUGUGAGCUCCGACAAGCCUGAACCAUAUUUCUCUAAUGGAGUGCUGAUGGCAGGUCCAUUCUGUGCACUGGAUGUGAAGGUGGAAAAACGUCUAAAGACUAAAGAGAAGGACAUGAUGUUAAAACUGCGAGGCGCAUAUAAGGAAGACUGUUUGAUCCCAUGGUCUGAGAAAAACCCCAGCUGCACUCAGACUUUUCGCUACUACAUUAAUCGGGACAUGGAGACCGAGUUUAGUCUCAUACCACCAAAAGCUGUGACAGAAGUGGACGGGACAAACCCAAAUACUGCAGACAUUCUGUCAUCGGUCCCUAUAAAACCAUUACCAGCCAAACAACAGAUUAAACUCUCCAUGCCUGUUGGACAGGGUGAAGUGGAUCUGCAACUAAGCACAGACGGCCGCUCUGAUGAAAAGUUGGAUGUGCGUCUGGGUUUUGAUAUUCCAAUGGAAGAAAAGAACUUUCUGGCCAAGAGACAAAAAGUGGUGUCACAAGCUCUUCAGAAAGCUUUGAAUCUCAGCUCUGCACCUGAGCCCAGCAAGGUCCCAUUGGUGGCUGUGGUGUGCUCUGGGGGCGGGACCAGGGCGAUGAUUGGCACAUUCGGAGGCCUAAGUGCUCUGCAGAAACUCCAGCUUCUUGAUGCAGUCAGCUACAUCACAGGGGCUUCUGGCUCCACCUGGACUACGGCUUCUCUUUAUGGUGAUGCUAACUGGUCAAACAAUGACAUAAAUGGGGUUAUGGAGUCUGUAAAGAAGGAGGUCUCUAAAAGUUUGUUCAGUAUAUUUUCUCUGGAGCAGCUACGGCACUACAAAGCGAAGAUGGAAGAGAGAGAGAAAGAAGGACACCUUGUGUCUCUCAUUGACAUGUGGGGCCUGGCUAUUGAGUACCUCAUCCAAGGAAAGAAAAAGAUGGGUACACUAUCUGACCAGCAGAUGGCACUAUCAAAGGGCCAGAACCCUCUACCCAUCUACACAGCUCUCAACAUGAAGAAUGGCAAAACAGGAUGUACCAUAGAGACUGAAUGGUGUGAGUUCACGCCAUAUGAGGUUGGAUUUAUCAAAUAUGGUGCCUUAAUACCUGCACAGAACUUUGGGAGUGAAUUUUACCUUGGUCACAUGAUCAAGAAACUCCCUGAAUCUGGAAUAUACUCUCUGUUGGGAAUGUGGAGCAGUAUUUUCUCUGUAAGUUUGACUCAGCUUUGGACUGUGGUCACAGGAGUGAUCCCAUCCUGGGCCAGCAAGAUUGGGGAAGAAGUGAACCAAACAGAGACAGAUGACAACCCAUCAACAUCAGACACACUUCGGAUCAGCCCUAUGACUUAUUGGGCAAAAAAGCUGAGCAGCUUUCUGACCAGUCGCCCCAUUAUCAGCCAAGUGUUCAACUUCCUUAGAGGCUUCCACUUGCACAGGAACUACAGUGAGAACUGUGACUUCACCACAUGUAAAGACACACAUCCAGACGCCUUCCCAAACUCCCUGACACCAGCAGACGCCACACUUGGCCUAGUUGACACUGCAUUUGUCCUCGGUUCAGGAUUUCCUCCUGUGUUACGUUCUAACAGAUGUGCGGACGUCAUUUUGUCUUUGAACUACACUUGGGAACCGGAUCUCUUCAAGGUCAUUAAGCAAACUCAGGAAUACUGCACUGCUCGCAAGAUACCAUUUCCGAAGAUCGAUUACAAAAAGUUGGAGUCUGAGCCGAUUAGGGAAGUUUAUGUGUUUGAAGAUAAAGAGAAUCCAGAAGCUCCCAUUGUGAUUCACUUUCCCUUGGUCAAUAUCUCAUUCAAGCAGUUCAAGUCUCCUGGAGUGAAGAGAGAGGGUAAGGAGGAGAUCAAGGAAGGAGAUUUUGAUAUUGACUUCACUCGUGUGUUCUGUCCAUUCGCCACUCACAAGUUUGCUUACACACCUGAGGAUUUCCAGAAGCUGGCUGACCUCACCACCUACAACAUUCUCAACAACAAAGACGUCAUUUUAAACACGCUGAACAAAGCGCUGAAGAGAAAUAUGGAGAGAAUUCCUGCUACAAACGAGUCAAAAUUCUGAUUUAAUGUUGAGACGGAAAGUUAAAGGUUUAAAGCUGACAGCAGGAUUCAUUAAAGGCAUAGUUCACCCAAAAAUGUCAUCAUUCAUCACACUCAUAAUGUUCCAAAACUGUGAUUUCCUUUUUUCUGUAGAUAGAGAGUGUUAAUGCAAUAAUCUAUUCUUAAUAAAAGGGUGACUAGGAAGUCUGAAGCUCAAAAAAUGACAUACAGCAUCAUAAAAAGUAGUCCAAAUGAUGCAACACUUGCCAUUUUCCAAGUGUUCUGAAGUCAUAAAAGACACCUUGUCUCAAGGACAGCCCAACAUUUCAGUUUAUAAAAGUAUUCACCAAAAUCACUCACCUCUGCAAUAACUCUCAGGUCUCAUUUGUGUAAUUUCAACGUGUAUUUUCUGAUUUGGAUCACUGUAGACAGUUAUGAGACACAAGAAAGCACAACCUUUCACCAUGGCAUCAUUGCAAUCUUGAUGCACCUUAUUUGAAUAAACACAAAGAUAAAUAAUUUUUGACAGGUGUGACAGAACAUUUUUUCAAUAAAUAACGGCACAUUUGGUUCUUUUUCUUACACAUACAUCAACUUCUGGUGCUCUUUUGUCAUUUUUGGAGCUUGAAACUAAUUGGUCACCACAAUGUGUUGAGCAGAUAUUUAACUGGAGAUUUAAUAUUUGGAGUUAAACAGAUGUUAAAUAUGUACACUACUGUUUAAAAGUUUAAAGUAUGUAUAUUUGGAGUUUGGAGUAAUAUAUUUUUCUACCUUAGUAUAUUUAAUAUAUGACAAUGUUUUUGUCAAUUAUAUUAUUAAAGGAAAAAUAGUUUGGGAUGAUACGCUAAUCAAUAUUAGCUUCACAUUAUUUAUUUUUAAAAGUGGACAGUAACUAUUUAAUUAAUACAGCAUCUUAGUUUUAGUUCAUUUAACUUGUCACAACCAUUUCUGUCCUUUCAACGCACUUUUCUUCUUCAGUAAUUAAUUCAAAGUGUCCAAUAAACUUUAUCAGUUGGUUGUUGUAA